AUGGAUACUUUAAAAAAGUUUCAAGAUAGCCAAAUUCAAGACUAUUGGUAUAAUCACAAUGUAUAUAAUGGUAUGGACCUAGUAUUGCAAAAUAAUUCAAAUAUUAAAGUUAUACAACAGAGAAAUAUAGUAGAACCCUUCAAUAGAUUAUGUCAUGAAUAUAACUACUUACCCAAAGAUCAACAUAUAAAUGGACAGAGGCUACCAAUGAUAGACUCUUGCAAACCAUAUUCUUAUUUUACAAACAUGAUGAAAAAAGGACUUAUAUGUUUUUCUUGUGGGAAUUCUCUAAAUAGAACACAAUUGGAAUAUACUGAUAGUGAAAUAUCUACGAUACCCACGUGUUCUACUUCUACAGAUAUAUCUUUAAUCCCAAGUUUUGUAUGUAGGAUGGAUGUAUGUGGUAGAGCGAUUUGCUACAAUUGCAAAGUGUAUGCCGAAUCUGAAAACGUGAUAUUAUUUAAUACAAGCACUAGAUUAUGUACAAUUUGCUACUAUCAAAGUAACUAUAAUAAAAAUAAUAUGAAUAAACCAAGGAAUCCAAUUGAGUGGCACUGGUGCUUCCAGACAGCAGACGAUUUAACAUACUUAAGACAACUCAGGACUGGUUUAGUAAAUGGGAAUGGAUUACAUAUAGAAUUAAGUGGUAAGAGACAAGGUUGCUGGAGAAGAAGAAAAGAAGGGAUAAGGAAACACUUCAGCUUCAAGCAAUAUGGAGGAUUUUUUGAAAGUAGAAUGAUCGCAUUAGAUUUGGGGUACCUACAAUCUAAAGCUUCUAGUUUGGAGUAUAAAGCUAUUCCCUUUAUUAUGACAUUAGACAAUAAUAGUAAAUAUGAUAUUAUUCCCAAAAGAAUAGCAAAAGAAGAAAAUCCUGAGGGAUCUGAGUCAUUACAAAUUUCAAAUGAUAUUUGUUGCAUCUGUUUCAAAGGAAUAUUGGGUCAAUCAUAUUCCAAAAAAUUAGAAAUAAUUAUUUAUUCUUGUAAUCACAAGUAUUGCAAUCUGUGCCUCGAUUACAUUGAAUCUAAGUUUUUAACGGAAAACUGUCCUCACAGCUUUUUUAAUGAAGAAAAAGUAUGUAUAAUUUGCCACAAAUUUAAAGAUAAAACUCAGGAUAACUUUAGGAAUUUAUUGAAGUACUUAAUUAAUAUUUUACCCUGUAGAAUAUCACUAAUUAAACUUGAUAUCUUUAAUAUGGAGUGGAAGACUCCCUAUGCAUCAUUCAAUAUAUUAGGUGCUAGUGGUAUCUUAGAUUCACGACUAGAAGCCUAUAAAUUAAUUGUAAGAUAUCAACAUGAUAAUGAAGGAAGUACAUAUGAUCGGAGUAUAUUCUACGGUGAAUUCAACGGUAAAGUAGGUUACUAUACUCAAUUUAUUAAAAAUGGAGUGUUGAGAAUUUAUGGACCUUACGAUUCUCAUGAUGAGGCUGGAAGAAGGUGGGAUUUAGAUGCAUUGAAAUAUUAUGGAGCAGAAUAUGCCAUGACAAAAGCAUAUUUUCCAAAAUUAUUAACUUGGCUAUCAUUACCAGAACAUUUACAACGUUAUUUUUUAGCUCCUUGGAUAGUAUGGACAAUAGACAAAAUAAGGGAUAGGUAUUGCAUUCCAACAACUUUCAUAUCCAGUAAUAUAACGAAGUGUUACGAUGUAAUAGUAAUUGGAGCAGGAGUCGCAGGAAUGAGAGCUGCUGAACUUCUACUUCAAAGGAAUCUACAAGUUAUAAUACUUGAGGCUCAAAAUACGUCUUUAGGCCGUGCUUGUUCAUACAAAAAGUGGCCCAAAAAGUCAAAUAGUCAAUUAAAUUCAAAAUCAUAUUAUUUUCAUCGCAAGGAUAUUGGAAAACCUGGAAUUCGUGUCCCUAUUGAAACUAUUGAGUUAUGUAAUGAGUUACUAAAACUUUCAAUGGAACUUUUGGAGGAAGUAGCUAUUGAUAUAUACCAUCCACUAUCUAAUAUCCUAGAUAAUCCAAUUAAAAUAUUUAAUACUCAAUAUGAUGGAGGAUAUACUGACAUAAAUCCUUCAAGAUCUAUUAUUCAGAAGUUAGGAGAAAUUAAGAAGCCAAUAAAUUGGAGAUGGCUACUAAUAAAUCAUUGUAUCCCCAUUAUUAUGAAAAGAUUAAAUAUCUCAAAUCUAAGUCCAAUAGCAUGGAGUAUCAUAGAAAUUAUGACUAAAGGAGACUAUGAUGAAAAUCUGAAUAAAGGCAUUGAACAAAUUUAUUGGGAAAGAUUACCUAGAUUUGUAGGAUUUGAGGAAGCUCCUUGGAGAGAGUAUUGGUGUUGUCCUAAUGAUGAUACUAAUCAAGUGUCAAAUAACUCUGGAUCUACAAAAGUACUUAAUAGUGAAAUAGAAGUUAAUAUUGAAGAUCUAGUUAAGGCAACAAUCAACCAUACUUUGUACAAUAAAAAUGUUACUGAUAUUCUAUACAACAACGAGACGGAUCAAGUGAAUGUAAGAGCCGCAGAUGGAACUUGGUAUAGGGCUAUAUGUGUACUUUGCACCUUACCAAUUGGAGUAUUAAAGGGUUGUAUUAAGUCUAAUACUAGUUUAAAUAUUAAUGAAAUUCAACAAUUUUAUCCCACAUCUAACUCAUCAACUAUAAACUUUUCGCCUCUACUGCCAUCUGAAACAAUUAAUUCUAUUGAAUCUAUUGAUAUGAACAACUAUACAGAAGUUUAUCUGACAUUUGAUAAUACCCAUGAUCAAUUUAAAUCAUGGUGCCCAAUAUUGGAGGGAAAGAUAUACAAUCUGAACAAUUCUUCAGUGACUAUUUAUAUUAAUAACGAAACUCCUGGAUCUUUAGUUUGUGGUAUAUCUCAGGAAUUGUGUGAUCGUUUUAGCACGAAAUCAUCUUCAAAGUUACCUCUAAGACAAUUAGUUGAUAUUUGCCUUGAAUUACUCAGAGAUAUUGUAACUGAUUCAGUUGAACUUAUUCUCCUCGACUGGUCUGUUAAAGUCUGGAAGGAUGAUGAGUUUACAAGAGGUAGUAUCCCUGUCCAUACUAUAGAUAGUAAGGAAAUUCAUAUUGUGCAAUUAAUAAAGCCCCAUUUCGAUGGUCACUUGUACUUUGCUGGAGAUGGAACAACAGUUAACAAUUUUGGAACAGUGAAUGGAGCCUUAUUAAGUGCUAAAAGAGCAACAACCCAAAUUUGUCAAUUCCUUGAUAACCGAUAG